AUGCACGGAGCUUAUUUUCAGAAGAACUCCAAAUAUGAGCUGCCUCAGCCUUAUCAUCUGAAACCAGUGAAAAAACAUCAGAUUGAUAAACUACCAAAGAAUGUUUUUAACACGAAUAGGAAAAAGCUAAUGGCGUACACGCUAAUACUUAUGAUUCUUGCUUUAUUUGUUUUCUACUCAAGGAGUCCCAAAGAUGUGGCUCUGGUGCUGGAUGAUGACAAUCAGGAUGACAUUCUUGACGAAUUGCUCGCACAGAAGGAGAAAGCUUUGGAGUUGGAGCAAAAUGCCGACCCGCUGAAGCCUCCAAAUAACGAAGGCAACUAG